AGCAAAAACAAAAGUAAUUGAGCAGAAAGAGGACAGAGACCCCAGAGAACAGCACACAAGAUGGUGUCACGCCGAAAAAUUCUAUCACGUUCCCGCGACGAUCUUAAUCUUGACCAGACAUUUACCCAGCAGGAGGAGGAGGAGGAUGUCUGGUAUCAGAAGGAUAAACUAUACAAGGAACAUAUUCAGGAAGUGCUGGACAAAUGGACCCAAAUCGACGAUGAGAUCUGGGCCAAAGUGAUCGUCUUCGAGCGGAAUCGGCGCGUGGCAAAGGCAUAUGCACGUGCUCCGGUGCUGACCAUUAACGGAUCCGAUGAUGGCUUCGACGGCAUGCGAAUUGGGCUGUGCGGCUUCGACAAUCCAAUGAGGGACCGGAAGACGGACGAGCUGAAGCGCGUCAUCGGGCAGGGUGUCAAAAUCAAGAUGGACGAUGCUGGCAACAUACUCGUCCGGCGGUACGCCAAGAGCAAUGUCUAUGUGAAGAGCACCGCCAGCAGUCCCAACGAGGAGACCUCCAUCGGUGCCGAGAUCUUAAAGCUACCCAAUCAGGCGCUCGAAUCCGAAAAAAUAGUCAAGCUCUUCGACAUGAAGAAGUUCCAAUCGAAUGUGAACCGCGAGCUGCAGCGUGCCUAUCCGGAUCGCCGGCGAUUGGAGACGCAGUGCCUCUCGACGGUGGCGUUUGUCAAGUCGGAGAACGAUGUCUUGGAGUGCCCCAUAUGGGUGCUCAUUGUCAAUGUGGUGGCCAUGGAUAUGCUGAAGACCAAACUGCCGCCAGUGCAACGUCCCAUUGUGGACAUCAAGAACCGCCCGCGUAUUCCGAUUCCCGACGAGGAUCCCUACAGCGUGGCGGGCAAUGGCAGCGGUGGCAGUUCUGGCAGCUCUGGCUUUGGCAGUGGCCACCAGGCCCAACUGCAUCCUCAGCAGCAGCUGGGCAAGCACAUGAAUGGCAAUGGAGGCGGACAUGUGGCUGCCACGCGGGAACAGCUACUUCUACAGACGCAACAACUGGCCCAUAAGCGCAGUGAGAAGCCUCCAAAGCUACCGCCAAGGGAUAAUGUCUAUUCACAUGAUCUGAUUCCAAAGCCGGAUUACGAUGACAUUGAUCUGGAAACUCGCAUCAAACUGUCGCGAGGCAAAUCGGACAAGGGCAAAGAUAACAAGAAAUAUGAUGAUCCCUACUAUUGCGGCCUGAGGGCUCGAGUGCCGAACUUUGUCAAGUCCGGAAAGCCAGCCAGCGCCAAGGAUCAGCGCGAUGGCAAUGGGAACACCAUCAGCAACGGCGGCGGAGGCAUGAGCACGCUCAGCCAGAAGAAGACCUCGAUGAUCCACAACCAUCUGGCGGGCAUGCAUCCGCAUCACAUUCAGCAGCAUCAGCAGCAGCAACUUAUGGCCGCGGCGGCGGCUGCGCAUGCGGCGCAGCAUCAUCAGCAGCAGCAGCACCAUCAGAUCUGGCAGACGCGCAGCUAUGAGAGCGGCAUAGACUCGGAGCUUGUUGAAUCACCUUACAAUCACAUCUACGGACGCCAUUUACCGCUGCCAACGCGCGGCUACGUGCCCACACCACGCAUGUUCAUCGGGGAAUGGGACUGAGCCGAGCUGGAGUCGAUCUGAGGCGAUCACAACACACCGCACCGCAGCGCACUUGGGGCGGGCUUUUAGCCGGAUUUUAAGCGGCCAAGGCACAAACACCACUUGCAGAGCUAAUUUAAGUCAACCAACCAGCUUGAAAUAUUAUUUACAUUAUAUUAAUUUAGCAAAAUAUUAUGGUAAAAUAAUAUUAGGCUAGGCCUAAGCUUAAGCGAACAGCAAACCGUUCUAAUUAAUUAGGAGGUACGACAACGACGAAGACAGAGAAUAUAUCGCGCUUUCCCUAGCAGUUUCUGAGAUUAUGCACUUGCAUGUUUACCCCGUUGUACCCGAGUUGUAUGAGAGAAAUAGCCAUUACCAUUACGAGUUCAGUUAGCUUUUAAGUUUUUUUGUAAAUUUUUCUUUGCCAGCCCGUUUCCGGUCGAAUCACAAUACAGGACUGUUCGGAUUUUCACUUUCACGGAUUUUGUUUGGUGGUGUGAAAACUCGAACAGUCCUGAUUGGUUUCCAUUUGGUCGGACUGGCUGAAUUUUAUUUUAUAUCAAAAUAUUCUAUAUUGUGUAUUGAGAAAAGUAAUAAA